CUCUCUCAGCUGAUUCGUACAGUUCACGGUGAAGUUGGACGACUCAGUGGUCUCAGUUUAAAGUAGAGGGAAAAUUGCACAGCCUCUUUCUUAUGCUCGUCACAUUUACGUUCUGCGCGUAAAAGAAUUAGGAGGACUUACGCACCUUUUUUUUCUGCCCGAAAGAAAAAAUAUUUUCAGCACAUUUGCUUGAGACGAUUCCUGAUUGGCUAACCUGUGGGUCGCUUUUCAUUUAUCAUGGCUACACGUGUUCGACCGAGUAAUAAACGUUGCGCAGUCAUCGGGGGCUCUGGAUUCCUGGGCAGGCACCUGGUGGAGAAGCUGCUGGAUAAGGGCUACUCUGUCUCUGUGUUUGACAUCCGUCAGAGCUACGACCUGCCUGGUGUCACCUUCCACCAGGGAGACCUCUGCGACAAACAAGCCCUGCUUUCAGCUCUGAAGGAUGUGUCCCUGGUUUUCCACUGUGCCUCCCCAGCCCCUGCCAGUGACGACCGUGAGCUGUUUGAGCGGGUCAACAUCAAGGGCACACAGACCGUUAUUCAGGCCUGCAUCGAGGCUGGAGUGCAGAAACUGGUCCUGACGAGCAGCGCCAGUGUGGUGUUCGAGGGGACCGACAUUAAGAACGGGAGAGAGGAUCUACCAUAUGCCAAGAAGCCCAUCGACUACUACACCGAGACCAAAAUUGAGCAGGAGAAGCUGGUGCUCCAAGCGUGCGAUAAGCAGAAGGGUCUCCUCACUGUUGCUAUUCGGCCCCACGGCAUCUUUGGCCCUCGGGACCCGCAGCUGGUUCCCAUCCUGGUGGACACAGCUCGCAGGGGCAAGAUGAAGUUCAUCAUCGGUGAUGGGACCAAUCUAGUGGAUUUCACUUUUGUAGAGAAUGUAGUCCAUGGACACAUCCUGGCUGCCGAGCGCCUCAGACCAGACUCCCCCAUAUGUGGAAAACCUUAUCACAUCACCAAUGACGAGCCUAUCCGUUUUUGGGACUUCAUGUCUGAAGUGUUGGUGGGUCUGGGAUACGCUGCCCCGCGCUACCACCUCCCCUACACUCUUGUGUACGGGCUGGCGCUGCUCCUCUGGCUGCUGAGCCUCAUCCUGCGUCCUCUAAUGUCUUUCAAACCCACUUUCACGCCCAUGCGAGUGGCUCUGGCCGGAACCCACCACUACUACAGCUGUCAACGAGCCAAAGAGGACCUGGGCUACAAACCCGUUGUCAGUCUGAAGGAGGCCAUUGCGCGCACAGUGCAGAGCUACCCUCAUCUCAGACACAGUGCUUGAUGUUGGUUGGAGACAGAGACUGCUGCAGACAAUUUAAAAUGAGGGAAGUGACUGUCUGUUUGCCCAGGCCCCAUCAUGUGUCGUACUUGUGCCUUCUUACUAUGACAUGUACCGUUCCCACCAGCAGAUGGCAGCAAAGGGUCCUGGUAUUGGUCCACCUAUUGCAGUCUGACAUUACUAAACAGUAAUAGCACAAUUUAUUACAAAAAAAAGGACUUUGCAUUGAUUACAACUGAUUAUUUUUCCAUUUUCGAGUUGUACAUAUGUAGUAUACGCACUGAGAUGCUGCUCUUGAUUUCAAAAUGCCUUAAUACAUUCCAUUAAACGAUAGAUAAAAGGUUUGAGAAUGA